UCCCCUCGACUCGUUGUUCGUCGUCGACGUCGGGUUUUUGAAAAAUAUUUCCCUCACCCGAAAUGUUGCUGCAGUGCUGAAGGACGAGCCGGAGGAUCUAACGCAUCUGGCGCCUACACCUGGCGACGUGUGCGUCCCCCUCGAGGACACGCCUUUCCUCUCGGAAAUGCUCGACGAGUUUAUCCUGAGCAGCGACAAUUAUUGCCCCCUGCUCAGCCCGGGCGGAGCCUUGGCCCCCGAAUUGCGAUCCACGGACUUCGGCGACUCCCUCAAGGACGCCGAGUUGGGCGACACCCCGAGGAGCAAGGAUCUGGGGGAGUCGUUGGCCGACAGCGACCCGUUCAUGUACGGCGACUCGCCGAGCAGCCCUUGCAGCAUCGAUCCCACCGCCGUUUCACCCCAGCUCACCAAGUAUCGUCAAAGCCCGGAAAGAAGUAUAGACUCGUUGGGCAGCCCGACCGGUGGCAGCGGUGCCGACGGUCUGUCGGAAGACGAGAUGUUGAUGUUGGGAUUGAACGACAGCAUAGCCGACGACGAGUUGGAGUUGAGGGCUCCUUACAUACCCAUGUCGGAUCAGGACGAGGCGUUGGAUCUGCUUAUCAGCAACGACAUGGUGAUGUGGAGCCCGCCCCAGACGACGGAUCAGAAAAACGGUUUGAAAUGGAUGUUGGCGGAGAAGGAGCAACGAACGUCGGAUUCUAGUUUGGCACAGCUUUUAAAAACGGAUCAGGUCGUCUCGAGAAAGUACAACGACCAUGGUGGGGGUUUGGUGAAUCCGGUUCAAGUUCUCGGCCAAAUCCCUAGAAAAAAUAUGAAUCUAGAUAACUGCCAUUGGUCCUCCAAAUUGGACAGACCAACGAAGCGUAUUCACACUGCCUCGAUAGACGUAGGAAACGACAAUAAACGUAUCAAAUGCGACGAGUCCGCGAAACGCAGCUGCCAUCUGGGACUGGAGGAUCACCUUUUGACCAAACCAACACAACAGCAGCAACAACAGUCUUCGAGGAAAUGCUCGUCCAACCUCGGCAAUAGUCAACUGCUGCGCCGCUUGGUGUCGCAUCAAAACUCCGCUCUGCGAAAUAAUAAUUUCGCGAACGAAACGUUGGAGGGCGCAGCGAACGGGCGGCAGAAUCGGACAGACUCGGAGCUGGAUGUGGUGGUGCAGGACGGCGGUGAGGGGGAUGGCGGCGGUGGCGACAACAGCGAUGGCGGCGGAAGAAGAAACGACGAGGCGAACGAGAGCGGAAGAAGGUGUGGUCGGAACGGCGUAGAGAACGGCGACACGAUCGGUCAGCGGAAUCCAGCGUGCAACAGCGUGCUAAUGAAUCUCCUGGUGUCCGGCUGCGACGAAAACUUGAUGGAGUCGCGGAACGUGCCCACGAUGUACCCGAAAAGCCUGAUGUCCCCGCUCUCUGUGAACCUGGACAAUCAUCAAAUGGUGCCCCAAUGCCCGGACUCGAGAGGAUCAUCCGGCUCGUCGUACGACCAACUGAGCCCAGCCACGAGGAAACACGAGAUAUCCAACAACGCGUUCAUAAACGGGGCAGGAUCGAUAGUGUCGUCCCCUUCCUCGCCGAUCAUGCCGUUCGACACGUUCGAUUACGAGACGAGUAUGUCGGUGAGCGGAUUGCUCCAGGUCGAGCCCGAUCUUUUUGGAACUCUGCUCGAUCGAAACCUCGUGUAAAACCGUGCUCGUGAUUAGAGAGGGUUAGGUAAGGAUUCGGUCGAGAUCUGUUUGGGAUACGGUUAUUUCUUCGUGAAAAAAGAAAAAUGAAUGGAAAAAUAGUUGCAAUAUAGAAGGGCGUGAGUAAAAAAA